AUGCAUUCAUUGAGACAUCAUAAACUGAAGGUUCAUCCAAGUGGGAAGACUUCGUCCAACGUGAUUUGCCCAGAAUGCGGUCAAAGGUUCCAUACCUACCGAGACUUAGCCAAACACUGCAACGAUUGGCAUACAACGAAGCCAGCUACGCAGGACUUUUCCAUUAUUACUGGACGAUUCGAUUGUUUUCUAGCAUUUGAGGACUGGAAAGAUUCGCUGGAGAGUUCGUCACUGACCAACUUCUCAAAACGAUAUUCUGUACAUUGUAAAGAUGGCGGUCGACGGCAUGUAUUUGUUUGUAAACAUGCCCGAGGAAAGGUAAUGGCGUCAACAAAGGCGGAAGAGAGGACGAACACCCAGUCUCCAGCAGCGGAAGAGAAACUGAACGAUCUGCCAGCGGCCACAGAGGGGAAACAGGACAUCCAAUCAGCAGAACCGGACGAGAAACCUACCAUUCUUUCACCAGCAUCAAAUGAAAAAUCGGAUGUUCAGCCACCAGCCACGGAGGAAAAAACGAAGCAUAGCAAACGGAUCCUCUCCCAUUGUCCAGCGUUUCUUCGGGUGUGUGAGAAUGCUGAUGGAAGUGUCACUUACGAGGGCUGCAUCGGUCAUCUCGGUCAUGUGGUGUGUGCAUCCGCUCUACGGAUUCCAAAAACUGACCAGGAAGAAAUUCUGAGGAUGCUGAGGCGGGGCUUACAUGCAUAUGAGAUUGUGGCAAAAAUACGUCGAGAGAGGUGGGAUCACUCGUUAGGUUCCGAUAAGCAAGCACGUAUCUGCUAUGUCGAGCCUAAGGACAUAUGGCGUAUGGCGCAUCGUCAUGGACUCGUUCAACGGAGGUACCGUACAGCUAAGCGAUUAGCUGCAGCAGAAGCUAAUCAAGCUGCGGUUCCGGCCAGCCGAAACGAGGAAGUCUUACCGACAGAUAAUGUCGACGUUCACGUUCAAGAAGUGAUUGACUUGACAGACGAUGGCGACCCGGCACCAGUUAACGCUAUGACAUUCUUCCAGACAAUGCAGCGAGUCGAUACAGCUGCCAUAGAAGCUUUCCAAACAUUUCAAGAGAUUAAUAGGUUCGUAAAUGAGCUGAUGGAACUAUGUGUAAGGAAUAACCAGCAUGAGUUGAUAUCGCAAAUGAAUGCCGCAAUGAUGAUAAAAGCCAAUGAAAUCGCUGGUGCGAUAGGUGUAGAUGCCGAUCUCGUCCUUCAAAGGGUUCCUGGUCUCGCGCAAGUGAUCAGAAAGAAUGCACAACAGAUUCCCGACCAAAAUUACAUCAUUAUAAACGACGAAGGUAAAGAAGAAUGGGAAACAAAGCCGUUGCAGGAAUGCAAGAGUGAAUUUUCUGUUGACAGUGUCGAAAAGGAAAAAGACGGUAGUGUAAAUCUUCGUACUGCACUGGCUAUGAUGGAUGAUCCUUCGCCUGUCGUUGACGAUUCCGCCUCAUAG